UCUCCUCCUACUCCUCCUCCACUAUCUGCCCUCACACACACACACACCAUCCUGAUCACUUGCUCUGCUACAGCGAGCCCAGCAUCCCGGCUGACCAUGCACCCGGCUCUCCUCUCACUCCUCCUGACAGCCGUACUGGUGUCUGUACUGGUGGAUUGUAGGCCGAGGCCUCGGGACUCGGCAGAGCAGCGACCACACCACAGGAGAACGCACACGGCCCCCCCGGCUGGUCCGGCUCGGCUUCACAUAGAACUCAGUGGAUCAAUGAGAAGAGGCAGAGACUCUCUAGUUGUUUUGCCAGUGAGAUCAGACACAAGCAACUUUGUGUCAAUAUUUGAUUUGAGGAGAAAGCGGUUUCUCUGUGUGGACCUGGAGGGAGAGCUGCACGUCUCUAGGCAGAAGGAUCGAGCAGAUUGCCUCUUCCAGCGGAUCUGGUUGGACCUGACAAACCCCCGGGACGUGUUUUACUCUGCAGCCGGCGGCAAGCGGCUCAAACCGCAGGGGGCCGCUCACCGGGGUCAAGCUGAGGCCUCCUCGGGGGGGCUGGAGACGCUCCUGGGUUCCUCGGUGAGGAGACAGAGGAGGAGCGAGGAGGUGAACCCCUCCGAUCCGUUAAGAACACACUCGCUCCCGGACCCUUCUGCCAAGGAUCACAAAGAGACGCUUCAGGAGCCGACUGAGCCGGACCAGGCCGGGGCCGUGUCCAAGGAGACCAUCACGUCCUGUGACGACCCCCUGAGGGUCCUGCAGCACAACGGGCCCGUCAGUCCCGUCAAGACCAACAUCGCUGACCGGCCCGAGCAAGACUGAGACACUGACUGAAUCAGGAGGGGGGGGGGGGGUGCAGGUGGUUAUGAUUGUUCUGAGAACUCACUUUACGUUUGUUGGCGUGAUGGACGUCGGUAGAUUCUCGUCCUGCGACCGAUGGAGCCAGGCUCACGUUAGAGGUGAUUCCCAGAGAGGUCAAUAUUUCACAACUUCUGAGAAAAGACAAAGAGUUUCAUAGUGUUUCUCUUUUCUUAUGUUUCAUCAAACCAUUGAGUAGUGUUUCUCUUUUCAUAGGUUUGGUUUGAACGGAGCUUUUCCACAAACGGACUCGAACCCGGUUACAUCACAGCGCUUCUGUUUGAACAGCAGACAACAUUUGGGCGAGUUUGCUCCAGUUUCCUGUCGUCCUUUGACCUCCUGUGUGGGUUGAAGUUUAAACCCCGGAUCAGACUUGGGGCACUGUCUAUUUUACAUAUGUAAAAUAAAUGUAUAAUCUGUAAGUAAUUAUGAAUAUUUAUACACCAAAAAGAAAAAGAAAAAACAACCUGUGCAUAUGGUUGUUCAUUCAUUAACAGGAUCCAAUUAUAUCAGGUGCCGGACACCAACAGUAGCAACAUAUUUAUUUAUUGAAACGUGUUAAAUGAUCCUAGCUCUACUGUUUUAUUUUUUAUAUAUUUCAUGUUCUUAUUUCUAAAACGGAAAAAUAAAAGAUAACUAUUCUGUG